UGGCUUCCGGUUCAACUGGAGAUAAUAUGCAAGACGAAAGUGUCGGUCCCUCCAGACAAAUGGAUUCCGAUCCAACUGAACAGCCGGACAAUGUACGCAAAAAAUCCGUAACAACGGAGGAACAGAAGUACGAGUUGAAACGUAAGCAAAGGAAUCUCGAACGCGAAUCCUUAAAAAAAAAGUUAAAGCAGAAGAAUAAUAAGCGUUACAUGUGUGAUAAAUGCGGGAAAUUAUUUGCGAAUUUAUCCAACCUUAAAAGGCACAAAAGGACAUUUCAUAAUAAUGGCAAAGAAGCUUCUAAACCGAAACAGGAUUGCGGGUCAGAGGGUAAGAGAAAGAGGCUCGAAUGGAAUCACUCUGACGCGGACUUAAAAAGUUUGUCUCGGCAACUUUAAUUUUCUGUGUAAA